GCUUAACCUUGCCAAUCCGAAAGAUGGCGGCGAUGAGCCUGCUGCUUCGGUCUGCGGCUGCUUUGGCGGCGCGCCGCAGCUCUCCGGCCUCGUCGCUUUGGGGUCGCCUCCCUCUGCUGGGCCGCUCAGGAGCCACCGUCCCGGUGCGUCAUGGCAGUGGCGGGAAAAGGAUGUUCAUCAUCAACACAACGAAAUUUUACGACACACGGUUCCUGAACUUGCUGCGGUUCUAUGUUUUGUUAACUGGCAUUCCAGUAGCUGUAUUUAUAACACUUGUCAACGUUUUUAUCGGUGAAGCUGAAUUGGCUGAGAUUCCAGAAGGUUAUGUACCAGAGCAUUGGGAGUAUUAUCCACACCCCAUAACACGGUGGAUCACUCGCUAUCUCGUUGAUCCCCCUCAAAAGGAUUAUGAAAAAGGAAUGGCUUUGGUUUUUAUUGAAGGAGAGAAAAUUGAGUUAAGGAAGAAACAAAAGGAAGCCCGCCGCCUCAUGCGAGAAAGAGGCGAUGGACCAUGGUUUCACUAUGAUACCACUGGCACAAGCCUGAUUGACUAUUCUCCUAAAUCAACACCCGAUAACUAAGAUUGCUCAUCUCUUCAUCCAAGUGUGAAUCCGCAGACAGCAUCUGAAUUAAUGUAAUAUAUAUAUAUAAUUUCAAGUUUCAAUAAAUAUUUCUGAUUCAGAAA